AACUCAAAUUAUUGGGACCAACUAGUCUAUGAAACCCCAUUGAACACUUUGGAUCGUUCUAUAAGAAGAGUCCUUCCAUGCACCCACAAAUCAUUCAUUCACACACCCAUCAUUCUAUCUGCUUAGCAAAUCAGUGCAAAGCAAUAGAGACAUGGCUCAACUGCAGAAGCUAGAGACCAAGGCUCCAAUGAAAUCACCAGAGAAGAUCGCAGCUUUCUUCAGGGACAGCUUCACCACCCUGCCUCGAUUGCUCCCUGACAUUUUCAAGACCGCUGAGAUCGUGGGAGGCGGCCACAAAGCAGGGCCUGGCUCCGUAAUGCUUUUCCAAUAUUCCCUCCCUGGGUCCCCGUUAAUGAGUAUGAAGGUCAAGUGGGAAGAAGAAGCCAUGGACACAGAAGAAGAAGAAGAAGAAGAAGGGAAGAAGUCGUUCACUUUGACGGCGAUAGAAGGGGAGGUGCUGGAGAUGUACAAGGGUUACAGUCUGAAGAUUGAGAUGGACAGUAACGCUGGCCAGUCGCUAUGGAUCAUUCAGUAUGAACUCGCCAACCCGAAUGCUCCCCCUCUUCAUGCCUAUAUUCAAGUCUGCAACCAGCUUGCCAAAGCCUUCGAUAAAUACUGCUGAUGCGGUUUAUACUACCGUACUGCAGUACUGUUAUAGUACUCAUGACAAUCAACUCACUCGUGAAUUGGUUUCAAGGGAUUAAAUAAGAGACCACGAAGACGACGAGCUGCGUUGUCCUCUGGCAUUUUAAGUUGUGUUUGACUGUCUGAGAUCUAGAAUCUCAGUGGAAAUUAAGAUCGCAAUGCAACUAUGUUUGUGUUAAUGUCAUCGUUCUUCUAUCUUUUUUUUUAUCAUCAUCGUUCUUCUAUCUUUGGCAUAACCUUCAGUAAAAAAUGAUAUCUAAACCCUGAAUCCACCGGAGUUUAGCAUCUUGUAUUAUUCCCAAAUCUUUAAAGAUUAAAAUCUAGGUGUCAAU